CUUAUCGAUUUAAUUUUUUGCAGAAACAAUGGAUCCAUUCGAAAUCCAUCGAGACUUGGAACAGGAAGACCUAUUCGAGGACAUAAUCCGCGAUGGUCCAGAAGCCGACCGAGAAGAGCGCGACUCUGGUGAUGGAGAAGACCGCGGCUCCGGUGAUGGAGAAGCCGACGGCUCCGGUCAUGGAGAAGCCGACGGCUCCGGUGAUGGAGAAGCCGACGGCUCCGGUCAUGGCGAGGCCUCCGAAGAUAAGUUGGAGAAACGAGGCCCGGCAAAGAGGUUGAGCCCAAAAGACCACUUCACAAUUGAAGCUAUAUCACCGAAAGGCCAACCGGUGGCACCCGCGGGCCGUCGAGUUGGCCUCAUCCCCUGCACUGCUUGGCGCGAGCCCUGGCUAGUAGACACACUGCAUCGCCCAGAACGUGACGUGGUCACCGCGGCCAGGUCGUGCCAGAGCGUGCACGACCCAGCUCCUGGACACGCCAGUGCACCUGCUCGCCCUCGUCACCCUGACCUCCACUCGACCCCUCCUUUCACCUGCAGCCUCCCCUCGACCUCAGCAACCUCCCAGACACCCCCAAUUGGCCGCGGACAAGCUAUAGAUGACGACUUCAUCCUCGACCGUCCGCCACAGUGA